CCGAUACCGAUACCGACAUGUCUCAUGCUGACAGUACGGUAAUACCGAGCACAGCCCUUGCCCUUAGCCCUAUUUCUAUUUCUAUUUCUAUUUAGUCGCCGUCGGUCCCCGUCCAGCAUCGUCUGCAUUGCUGUAGUUAUUAGUUACGCCACGUGCCUGGAAUAUGGCGCUUCGCUCCAGAUCGGCUUCCACAGCUGCUCAAGCACGCGAGACCGACCCUCUUUUGCGACCAUCGAGCAGGGAAAACACUGCCCUGUCAGGGCCCAGGGUCGGAAGACUCUCCAUCUUCGCCCUGUGUGUAUUGCUCGUGACAAUCGGCGACUUUGGAAUCUUCCUAGUCACUGUUCCUCAGACAAGGCUCUACGAAAGCAUUGCCUGCUACCAUUAUUAUGAGCUACACGAUCCCAGUCGCAUUGGACCAGGCGGGGGCGUGGCUGAGAAAUGGUGCAAGGUCGCCCCCGUCCAGGCAGAGGUUGCGUUUGUAAGGGGCUACGAGGCGCUGUUCACGUUCAUUCCAGGCGUCGCAUUGGCAAUCCCGUAUGGCUUGCUGGCUGAUCGCUGGGGUCGCAAACCCAUCGUUCUGCUGAGUAUGGUAGGGAUCUUGCUGUCCAUGACAUUUACGCUUGCCGUGUGCAGAUUCUGGCAAAUAUUCCCCCUGCGUCUCGUGUGGUUGGCGCCAGUAUUCACUGUGAUCGGAGGUGGUGCUCCUGUCAUGUUCUCCGUGAUACUGACCAUGAUUGCGGAUGUCAUGCCUGAGAAUGAAAGGGCGACAGCCUUCUUUCGACUGAUGACUGGCCAAUAUCUAGCGCAGAUUACCGCCACGCCCAUAUCGUCGAGUUUAAUGCAGUCUCAUGGACCGUGGUUACCCAUCAAGGCAGGCUAUAUCUGUGCAUUUCUGGCUUUCCUCAUGGCAUGUCUACUCAGGGAGACUGCAAACCCGCGCGAAUCGUUGGACGGGGCCGUGGAAACGACGGAGGAACCGGCGGCAACAACAGACGAAACACUCGGCUUACGAGCGGCGCGUCGAAGCAAGUCCCGCGUGGAACUACAAGCGAGGCUGGCAUCUCUCUGGGAUCGCACGACGGCGAUGGUCCGCCACGAUUUCAAAGUCAUCAUCCUCAUCCUCACCUUCUUCAUCAACGCUGUCGAAGAACCCACCCAAAGCCUGAACCUGCAGUACAUCUCCGAGCGAUACGGCCUCAGUCUUGCCCGCGCGGGAUUCGUCAUCUCAAUCAAAUCCGCCGCCACCGUCAUCGCAUACAUGGUCAUCCUGCCGGGCGCGUCAUGGCUGCUCCAACAAAAGCUGGGUCUAUCGGACACGCGAAAGGACUUGUUCCUGGCGCGUGGUAGCAUAAUCGUGCUCUCCUUGGGCUUCUUCAUCGUCGCAUGGUCCCCAACUGUCGCCAGUGCCACCGUCGGCUUUGUGAUAUCGACCAUGGGCAGGGGCUAUGGGAAUCUCAUCCGCUCUCUCGUCACUUCGUUGGUCCCGGCUCGGUUUACGGGGCGCAUGUACACGAUGAUCACGGUCAUUGAAACAUUUGGUCUUCUGCUUUCCGGGCCUCUGCUGGCCGCCUUGUUCCGGGUGGGCUUGGACCAGGGCGAUGUGCGGUGGCUGGGGCUGCCAUUCACCGUGGCCGGUGUCAUGGGUGCGCUUGUCACCGUUGUGAUCUGUUGGAUCCAAGUGCCGGCACAUGUGCCCAGAACGGCUGCAGAGGAAGAGGAGGGUUCGGCGACCAGCGUUUACUAGAAACCCCCUUGAGCGGUGGAGAUGCAGAUGGAAGCCCUGCAGAACACAUACACAUCCAGCAUUGAUCUUGCUAGCUCAUCAUCAGUCAUACAUUGUAAAGCAACCAGAUCAUCAUUUCCCCAUCUCACGGACUCUACCCAGCCGCUCCUGCAACACCAGCAACAUACGGUCCAGAUCCGAAUCCGGCUGAAUAACAUCCACACAGCAUCCGUAGUCAUACAGCUCAAUGACCUUGUUGACAGCCUGCACCAGUCGCCUUUGUAGGUGCUCGCAGGUAGAAGCACGCUCGGCGGGGGAGGCCAUGCCGGCUCGCAGGCCCUGACGGAACGCCCGGCGGAUGCGAUUGAUGUGGGCCUUGUCACUAUCGGAGGUUGAACCCGGUGGGUCAUGACUAUGGGACUAGAUGGAAUGAGCCCAAUCACGGCAGCAAUGAAGGGGGAUGGGAAAUGCAAGGGAGACGUGUGUGUGUGUAUAUAUAUAUAUGUGUAUGUAUAUAUAUAGAUACAUGGAUAUAUAGAUAGAUACCUACCUUAUCUCGGGAGCCCCCCGAGACAUAGAAGUCACCUCCAUUCCUCCGCGGAUUGUCUUCGGGGUCGUCUGCAUCGGUACUCGAGUCGUCUGAGCCGUCCAAGUCUGGACCUCUGCUGUUAUCGACCUGGCUGUACGGACGGGAACCGUUGUCUGCCGGCUGUGGCAUCCCGUGCGAGGGCGGGUUUGUG